AUGGCUGCUUCCGCGAGUGGUAGUGAGUGGGAGACCCGCUUGGCCGCGAAUGCAUCUGCGGCACAUGGGAUGGAUAGCGCGUCUGCUGUCGGUCUCUUUGCCAGCACGUCCACGCUGCAAAUCAUUUUUACCUCGCUGGCCGUCAUUGCUGUACUGCUUGGCCUGGAACAGGUCGUGUACCGCCGCAAGAAAGGCAGCUUGCCCGGUCCUGCAUGGACCAUCCCUAUUAUCGGCAAGUUUGCUGACUCGCUCCGUCCGAGCCUGGAGAAGUACCAGGAAGGAUGGAACAGCGGCGCGUUGAGCGUCGCGAGUGUGUUUCACAUCUUUAUUGUUAUCGCUUCUUCCACCGAAUAUACGCGCAAGAUCCUCAACAGCCCAACGGUUUUUCUUAACGGCAAAGAGCAUGUUGACUACCGCAAAGGACUCAACUCUUUGUUCACCAGCCGCGCGCUCGGAGUGUACCUUGGGAUCCAGGAGCGUAUCUACAAAGAGCAUUUCUCGCGCUGGGUGCAGAACCCCGAGGACCCCGCAAAGCCCUACAUGUUUGCACUGCGUGACCUAAACAUGGACACCUCGCUGCGCGUCUUUUGCGGCAACUAUAUUCCACAGGAGGGUGCGAACGAGAUCUCGGAGCACUACUGGCUGAUUACAAUGGCGCUUGAGCUCGUCAACUUCCCUUUUGCGUUCCCGGGCACCAAGGUGUACAAGGCCAUCCAAGCGCGUAAAAUGGCCAUGCGCUGGUUCGAGCACACGGCAGAAGAAAGCAAGAAGCGCAUGGCCGCCGGCGAAGAUGUCACUUGCCUGACCGACGCCUGGGUCAAGGCCAUGCUGGACGCACGCUGUAACCGCGAAAACGAAGAGCUUACCGCGGACCAGCGCCGUGUUCUUCUGCGCGACUUUUCGAACCGCGAGAUUGGCAUGGUGCUGCUGAGUUUCCUGUUUGCCUCGCAGGAUGCCAUGUCCAGCGGCCUGACCUAUCUCUUCCAGCACUUUGCCGACCACCCGGAGGUGCUCCGCAAGGUGCGCGAGGAGCAGUACGCGCUCCGCGGCAACGACGUGGAUGCCCCACUUACGAUUGAUUUGGUCGAGCAGAUGCAAUACACACGCGCGGCUGUCAAAGAGAGCCUGCGUCUGAAGCCGCCGGUGAUUAUGGUGCCGUACCUGACGCGCAAAGCGUUCCCUAUCGCGGACGGCUACACGGUGCCGAAAGGCAGCAUGAUUAUUCCUAGUUUCUGGAACAGUCUGCACGACCCCACAGCGUAUCCUGAGCCAGAAGAGUUCAAGCCAGAGCGCUGGCUCGAGGGCGCUGGGUCUCCCGCCCAGACUAACCUUAAGAACUGGCUCGUAUUUGGCAGUGGCCCGCACAACUGCAUCGGCAAGGACUACGCCAUGCAGCACCUAAUCUCUGUUAUGGGCACCGCUUCCAUUCUAUUGAAUUGGGAGCACAACGAGACACCUUUGAGCGAAAAAGUGAUGGUCAUUGCGACUAUUUUCCCGCAGGAUGGUGCGCAUCUUAAAUUCACGCGCCGCGCACCCCCAAAGAUUGGCUUCAGUGCCGCGCAAGCUGCCGCGGCGCCGGCAUAA